AAGAAGCACAUCCCAGGAAGGAAAAUGCGCUGUGGAUCCCUGUGCCAAUUCCUGUGGCUUUGGCCCUACCUGUCCUACGUCCAUGCUGUGCCCAUCCAAAAAGUCCAGGAUGACACCAAAACCCUCAUCAAGACAAUUGUCACCAGGAUCAGUGAUAUUUCACACACGCAGUUGGUCUCCUCCAAACAGAGGGUCACCGGUUUGGACUUCAUUCCUGCAGUCCACCCUGUGUUGAGCUUGUCCAAGAUGGACCAGACGUUAGCAGUCUACCAACAGAUCCUCACCAGCCUGCCUUCCAGAAAUGUGAUCCAAAUAUCUAAUGACCUGGAGAACCUCCGGGACCUUCUCCACCUGCUAGCCUCCUCAAAGAACUGCCCUUUGCCCUGGACCAGUGGCCUGGAGACUUUGGCAAACCUAGGCAGUGUCCUGGAAGCCUCACUCUACUCCACAGAGGUGGUGGCCCUGAGCAGGCUGCAGGGGUCUCUGCAGGACAUGCUGCGGCAGCUGGACCUCAGCCCUGGGUGUUGAGCCCAUCAAGGUUGCUCUUCCCCCAAGGAUGACAUGGAGGGAAGAAACCUUGGCUUCCAGGUGUCCCCAGGAGAAGAAAGCCUCAUGUGGGCAACUCUUAUCCAGGACUCUGUCCAUUUCUCUCACUGCUCUAGGCCAUCCUUGGAUAGGCAUAAGGCCCUAAGCUUCCAUGUUGCUUGAAACCAAAGAUAU